UUAAGAAGAAUUUAGGAACUAAAAACAUCGAACUUAAACGUUGCAUGCUUCGAGUUUUUUACUUUGAAGCGGUUUUGUUUGUUGGAAAGCGUUUUCAGGCAUUUCAGAAGCGGUCUUGAACAAGGGAUUGAGGUUUAAUUGUAAACUUUAAUUUGGAGUUCUUACUUUGUCCAAGUUGAAAAGCUUUGGUAGUCACUAGCUAGCUACUACAAUGGCGGCAACAAUUGCAAGAAUCUGCCUGCAGUCACUGCUGAAAGCUAUGAACUCACUUUUGGGAAUGGUUGGAAUUGCAAUGAUUAUGUAUGGCCUUUGGAUGCUUAGAGUUUGGCUGAGGGACUCUGACGGUUCGCCCCUUGACCAUCAUAGUGCUGUUCCUCCAUGGUUUAUAUGCACUUCUCUUGGCGCCGGUUUUACCGUGUGCAUAAUAACAUGUAUAGGUCACGUUGCUGCAAAGUUUACGCAUGGCUGUUGCCUCUCUUUUUAUAUGUUGAUCAUGUUUUUGCUGCUUCUAUUGGAGUUUGCAGCGGCUGCAGAUAUACUUUUAAAUUCAGACUGGGAAAAGGAUUUACCAUAUGACCGGACAGGAAAGUUCAGUGAUUUCAAAGAUUUUGUCGAGUCGAAAUUGGACAUAUUUCAGUGGAUAGGCUUGUUCAUCGUCUUAGCACAGGGUUUAUCAAUCGUACUAGCCACAGCUCUAAGGUCUGCAGGGCCAAACCAAAGAUCCAGCUACGAUAGCGAUGAAGAGUGUCCCCCGGAGAGACUCCCGCUCAUAAAUCCUAAUGGUCAACCUGCCAAGAACAGUAACUGGAAUUCAAUCAAGUGAAGAGAGCAAAGAUACUAGAGCUCUAUGACAGUAUGGAGUUGGCAGUUAACCUAGUACCGUCUGAUACUGGUUGACAUAGUACCGAUGAUACCACUCACUGUCACCAGAUGCUUGGGGGAGAAGAAACUUAAGUCUUGUUGCCGUGUCCUUUGUCUUUGGUUCCAUAUUUUGGUUCUUAGAAUCCAUAUGUAUAGUCAUGUUGUUUUCCUACCUUGGUUUACUUCUUUUGGUUUAACAAUGUCUCGACUUUUGCUAGCAUAAGCGGCCCAGAUGAGGGUGGAUGGCCGAUUGACCAUAGCAUACCUCGAAUCUCUUUCCAUCUUUUCGAUAUAUAAAAAUAGGGUUCAUAGCUUAAA